AUGGGUGGUGAGAUGAGCCCAGGUGUUGCUCUACAGCAUGAUGCCUUAUAUCAUCGCAACUCUCUCAGGUCCCUCCUGGCGAUCUGCCCUGGGGAGCUGCGAUGCUUCCAUAGUACCAUGGAACAGCCAAAAUUAUGGCGCCAUUUUUCGUCGAGGCUGUUCAGGAAGGCUGAGGCGUUUAACGGCUCAAUUGUGGCCCUUGCAACUAAUCGCUAUGACUAUGAUGCGAUGCGGACCAAGACACCCGCAAAGACUUUUCAAAGAGUUGGGCUCAUGGUGGGCCUUAACCAAGCUUGCCAGUGUAUCGGAUCCAUUUUGAUCGCCCCGCUUAUUCGAAGAUUCCCUUCUCGGAUCGUGCUCUCAAGCGCAGUAUUAGUAUUUGCGCUCUUCAGUGCCCUUCUCCUUAUCAUCGACGCUAGCACCGGGGGUACAUUUGCACCGGCAAGCUUUCGCGAUCAGCACCCCGACCAUGAUUUUCAUUACUACGGCCGGUACAACACCGAUGGCAUGAUCCCAGUCUAUUGUGUCGCAGGAAUUGCCUAUGGAAUGGUCGAAUUGAUGCGCCGUGUCAUUCCGCGCGAUAUUGUCGGGGGAAAUGUCAAGAAACUGCGUCAUCUAGACGCCUUGGUGCACAUAUUCUACGAAAUCUCCGGCACGGGUGGUGCGUUCUGCACGGCGUUAGCCUUGAUACCGUUUUUUGGGAAUAAUUAUUCUUUUUUGAUCACCCCGAUCUGUUUCGCAUUCGCCGCUAUCUCCUGGUUCUUCCUCACCGAUGAAACGUUCCGUAGCCAUGAUACGCCGGCAUUAGAACGCCAGCCUUCAUACAUCAAAGCGGUCACUGUUGGGUUCUGGCUGUUUAUUGAAUCGAUCUGGACUGGUGCUCGCAUAAUCUUUACCUCGCGCAAGUUUAUCUGGCUGGUGCCAGGGUAUUCCGUUGCGCUGUAUGCUCAUCGCUACCUGGAAAAUGCCGUGGCACCCGCAAUCGCCCGCCGGUACCUGGGUAAUGCCGCUUGGUCACAGAUUAUCGUGGGUGGUUCGAAUUUAGGGGAGCUUCUAGGCGCACUAUUCGUUAUUCUAUUCACGAAUCUGGUGACGACACCGGUCCCCUGGCUCCGGCUAGAUGCCGUUAUGCUCCUCAUAACAUGGUACCUACCAUUCUGGCGGCCACCGAUGCAAAUCAGCGCUGCCUGGAUGGCAGCGGCUACAUUCAUUCCUAUCUCGUUUGGCUGGGCGGCUGGCGAUGUCUCGUUGGCGGCGUACAUCCAAGCGGCGCUAGCACGAGUCGAAUCGAAGACGCAGAAUGUCUCUGCCCUGGGUGCGGUAAUGGCUUUCUUGUACUCGACGUAUAUUAUCCUUUACGCCAUCACGUCGCCGAUCCUUGGAAGCUAUAUUGACCGUGUAUACAGCGACACUGGAGGAUCUGAGAAUGGGGGCAAUAUAUAUGCAGCUAUACAAAAUGUCGCUUCAGUGCAAUUCACGAUAAUAUCGGGAUUGGUCUUAUUAUCCACUUUCGUGCCGCGAGGAUCGCUGGCGUUCAACCCGAAGAUGCUGUAUAAUGAGUACUUGGACGGAGAAGCGGGUUUGGAACGCGUAUCAUCAGACGACUUGAGGAAAUAA